UGUCGUGAUACGAUGUACAAAUCUGCGGUGAUUCUCGUGCUGCUGGUUGGAACGGCGCGUGCGUUUCCACCCAACAAUAUCUGGGGGGAAUCGGUAGCCGAGGAUGCCGUCGAUAAAAAGGCUCCGGAAGUCCCGCCGCAAGGAUCGGAGGUCGAAAGUCAGAAGGAAGGUGCCACCCAGAAGUCUGACGACGAACUGACCCCGACCAUCGCGCUUUCGCGAACCGAGACACCGUCGUCAGCAACAUCCGAUCGAAGCACCGAGGAAAGCGAAGAGCCAAAAAAGUUGUGUGAGGAGGAUGCGGCGGGCUGUGAUUUGCUCGGUGAACUUGCAUCACGUCGAAAAAGAACCAUCGAAACGCUUCCGUUGGAUCAGCUUCUGAAUAUUCCGAUUGAAAGAUUGGGAAUGAUAGAUUUCUCGAACAUUGAGAUACCAAAUAUUUCGAUCGAUAACGCGGAAGUAUCAAAUCCUGCACUGAUUAAUUUACAAGAUUUUUCGCAAUUCUAUAUGAACAAACUCCUUGAGACUGGAAUAGUGGUUAACGACGGCUCACAUAUUGAAGAAAUUAAAAUAACGAAUGUCCCACCGGUUGAGAUAAGAAGUGAUGGUUCGAUAGUAAUAUCGCUUAGAGAAGUGAAGGUUCCCAUUGACAUGCCAGGGGAUAAUUCCGGCAGUGAGACGAACGCCAGUGAACUGAAAAAGCUUCAAGAAGAGAAUCAAGAGAUGAAGAAGAAAUUGGAGAAGACGGAAGAAGACCUGGCACAGCAAACAAAGAAGACCAACGACGAGAAAAAUCGAGUAGAGGAGCACUGGAAGAAAGUAUUAAAGGAGACCAAACAGAAAGAAGAUCAAGAACGUAAAACGCUGCAGGAAAUACAUGAUGCAGCGGUCAAGGCCUUGGCGGAAGACUUAGCUGAUAUGAGAGAAAAGUUUAAUCAGCAGUCCAGAAAUUUCACAACAACGAUGCAGGAAGGAAAGGAAGUUUGUGAGAAGACGUUGAAGGACAACGAAGAAAGAGAAAAACAGGAACGCGAGACGCUGCAGGAAAAACAUGAUGCAGCGGUGAAGGAAUUGAAGAAAGAAUUACAUGAUUUGAAGGAAGAGUCGCAACAGCAAUCCAACAAUUUCUCAACGAUGGUAAAAGAAGGAAAGAAAGGGUGCGAGAAGUCAUUGAAGGAUUAUAAAACGACAGCAGAUGAGAAACUCAAAACGCUUCAGGAGGAACACGAUGCAGAGGUCAAGGCCUUGGCGGAAGACUUAGCUGAUUUGAGAGAAAAGUUUGAUCAGCAGUCCAGAAAUUUCACAACAACGAUGCAGGAAGGAAAGGAAGUUUGUGAGAAGACGUUGAAGGACAACGAAGAAAGAGAAAAACAGGAACGCGAGACGCUGCAGGAAAAACAUGCCGCUGAAAUAGAAUCAUUGAAGGCAAGCUUGACGGCGGCAGAGCAACUCUCAAACGACUUAGUGACACAAAUGAGUCAGUCAUCCACUAAUUGCAAUAAGAACCUGGAGGAAGAGAAGGAACGCUGCAACAACCAACUAACCGAACAAACGGAGCGGGCGAAGAAAGAACUCGCGGAACGGGAGAACAGUUACGAUGCCAGGAUAGAGGAGAGGGAGAUGCUAAUACGAAACAUUUUAAACAGUUGUAAACAAAGAAACAGGAGCUAAAAAUAUGUGUGUC